AAAAGCAAGCAGAGUUUACGAGCCAGUCCUCUUGCGCUAACAGACACACCACCAAGCGCAACAAGUUGAUAGUUUUGUUUCGUUCGAGAUUCAUUUUUGUGAACUAUGUGCCACAAGCAAAUGACGAUGUCUCCCUUACCCAUCAAACUCGCCAAAAUCACCGUCAUUGUGAUUUUUUUCUGUUUUGCUGAAUGCGCGGCUGGUUCUUGUCUCAGUUACGGGCACGCAUGUUGGGGCGCACAUGGUAAAAGGAACGGCCACGUCCCGGUGAGGGAGCCUUCCAGGGACUCUGGCUGGUUCCUCUCCAGACUGGUCCAAAGUCCUCUGUAUGCGAACGAGGAGGCACCAAGUCAACAACUUUUCUCCGACGCUCAAAUGGAAGCGGAUCCUUUGAAAGGGCAAGACGACUUCAGGAGUAUGGUUGAUGUGUACCCCAACGAAGAAAACAAUUUCUUUGACGAGACUUUCCCAAACCAACGGCCCCGUUCCCACAAAAACAGGGUUUCGAAAUUAUUGGAGAAGCGAUCGGCAAGGAUGAUUUGAAGAGGACUUAACGUUUUUACUUGUCAACUGUAACUUUUUCUUGACUUAUUUAUUAGUGAUUUGUAAAUAAAGCGGCCCCAGGUCUUGUCAGUAAGGGCUGGAAUGACAGAAUCUGGGGCUUGGAAAAAACAUGUUUAUGUGAUGUAGCUCUGAGCCCUCUAUGUUAAUGUAAAGACUGUGGAUUAUUUACUACUCAAUUAUAAACGCAAUGCUUGUUAAUAAAUUAUUUAUGUAAAUCAGAA